AUGGUGUCACGUGAAAAGCCAGAGCAGGAGCAGACGCAGCUCAGCCUGGUGCUGGUGUCGUGGCUGCUGCUCGGCACUCUGCUCGCGCCGUUGCUCGUCUACGUGCUGCUACACGUCCGCGCGCGGCCCUGGGCGCGUGCGCAGCCUUUCGUCAUCUGGCUCGGCGUGGACCCGGACGAGGACGCUGGCCCCAGUGAGCUCGGCCCGGCGCGGUACUUCCUGAGCAGGUCGGGGGUGACUCCGGUCGCGGGGCCCACGGCCACACCUCCCGCCCGGCUCGGCCAGAGGGUGUCCGCCCCCAUGCCGCAGCUCCCUGCCGGCCGAGGCCUCCUCGCCGACCUUCGCCUGGACGGCGCGGACGCCGUCGUGGAGGGUGGCAAGUCGCCGUGCGCCGGCUGGAGGCCGCGGCCCUGGAACACGGGCAAGCAGGGGCCCCGAGCGCGGGAGGAGCUUCGCGGUGGCGGCAGGGAGGAUCCGAGGAGGGACUCGAGGGGCGGCCUGGGCUGGCGGGCGUGCCGCUCCAUCUGACGAGAAACGACGGAACACUCUUUCUCUCUCGUUCUC